AUGUCCUUGCUUUCUCCAGGGGCUGAAGAUGAACCAGAGCGUUUUGAUGGUCUCUCUCUCUUAUACUGGACCAUUAUGGGCCCUCAUGGAAUUAAUCGAGCUGUUCACCGCAUCUCCUUCUCUGAUUGCCAGAAUGGAUUAGGAGUUAAAAUUAUUGGAGGUUAUCGGGCACAAACAGCAGAAGAUUAUGGGAUUUUCAUAAAGAGAAUUCUGCCUGGAGGGGUUGCUGCUGUAGAUAGUCGUUUGCUCACUGGGGACCUAAUUUUAGAUGUCAAUGGAGAAAACUUGGUUGGAGUAACAAAUGAAAGAGCUGUUGACAUCUUGAGAACAGCCUCAGCCUCUAAUCACAUGUCUCUGCUCGUUGCUAGAGAUGAAGAAGCAAAGAAAGAAUUUCAUGACCUGAUGGAUAAGUAUGGCUCUCACAGUGACACCAGCUCUACAGGAACUUCUCCAACACAUCAGUUAGCUGCAAAAUCUACAGACAGCCUUUCUUCUGGGUCAUCUUCAAGGUCACAGAGUCCUCAGUUGCAUCUGAAGGAUAACAUCACCAGCAGCAGCAGCAGCAGAAAUAAUUCUGUCCCACCACCAUCCCCAAAGCUUCCAAAUGACAGUGCAUUUCAGAUUAUCUCUGUCUGCAAAGGAACAAGCCUAGGUUUGAAUAUUGUGGGAGGAAUUAACAGAAAUGAAGGGCCUUUGGUAUAUAUUCAAGAAAUUAUCCCUGGUGGUGAUUGCCAUAAGGAUGGACGAUUGAAGCCUGGGGAUCAGCUUGUGUCCAUCAACAAAGAGUCCAUGAUUGGAGUCUCCUAUGAAGAGGCAAAAAGUAUAAUCAACAGAACAAAAAUGAGGUAUCUGUUUGAAAAUUUUUGGGAGAUAGCUUUUAUUAGGCAGAAAAACAUACCCAGACAUCCAGAGAAUCUGCAGCAUCCUUUCAGCCUCUUAACAUCUGCAGCACAUGGAGAGCAACAGGCUGCAGCACUUGGUCCUCUUCCCUCUCCUAAUGGGAGGCUGGUUUCAACAUUCCCUCCAAAUGCUAUGGAAACUGGAGUCAGGAUGGGAGUGCAAUCUCCAAUUACUGCUCUAGACAGCAAUCCUGCUGAUGUGUCUGCCACGGUUAUUGCCCCCAGCCAGAAUGAUGAUUAUGACCCCCAAGGAAAGAACUCGAGUGUUCAUCUCAAAACAGAAAAGCUGGAGAGGGCACUGAAUUAUCUUGGGAUUCGGCUCACAGAUGAACAGCAGCAAGCCCUAAGGCAGCAACUUCAUAAGGAUCCUAAAGGAACAGUGUCUUUUGGUGAUUUUGUUGAAGCUUCAAGGAGUCUGUUGUCCAUGCAAUCAAAUGCAACUCAUGAUGGCCACAAAUCUGUAAGCUUUGAGGUCAGUGAAGCUGGCAACUUACAGGACUCCCAGUUUGUAAUCUGUGAUUCCCUGGAGGAUGAUGUGCAAAAGCUUAAGAAAGAAAGAAAUGAAGCUUUAAAAGAAAUUAGCAAAUUAAAGGAAGAAUUGUCUGAAUCUGUGAACUUGCAGAAACAGUUAACAGAGCAGCUACAAGUAGUCAAGCAAGAAGCCAAGGCAGCUGUGGAGGAGACAAGAGCCCUACGAAGCAGAAUUCACCUUGCAGAGGCUGCACAAAGGCAGGCCCGGGGAAUGGAGAUGGACUAUGAAGAAGUGAUUCGCCUCUUAGAGGCUGAAAUUGGAGAGCUGAAGGCUCAGCUUGCUGAGCAUUCUGGCCAAAAUAAAGAGAAUAUCCAAGAUUUGAGGAAGAGGGUUACAGUGCUGGACUGCCAGCUGAGGAAAUCAGAGUCAGCCAGGAAGACCUUUGAGGUGGCCACUGAAAAAUUGCUACAAUUUGUAGAGGUUGUGCAUGAAAUACUUUCAGAUAACUCUACUUCCUCAACAGUUUUAAGUGACAGGAGAACAUUGUCCACUAAAGCACUUCUGGCUCGGCUGGGAAGGGUCGGACCUACUGUCACAGCAGCUCUUGCAGCAGAAGCCAGGGACCUUGCCAAGUCUGUCCGUGCCAUUUUGGAAGUAGAUUGUCUGCCUUAUGGAUGGGAAGAAGCUUAUACAGCUGAUGGAAUCAAAUAUUUUAUCAACCACGUGACACAGACAACAUCCUGGAUCCAUCCUGUCACCAGCGCUCUGAGCUUGCUUUGCUGCGAGGAGGAGGAGGAUGGGAUCAGAGACCUCCCUGGGCCCAAGAGCUGA